AUGACAGUACAGUACAACCAGGAUGUUCUUACCGGAGGUCCAGUGGUAUUUUUGCGUCUACUUCUAAGAUGGAAAGGCUGUGUAAUCAAACUAAUCUACAUUGACUUCAUCGUCUUUAUCCUCGCCUAUGCAGUCGUUAGUUGUAUCUACCGUUUUGCUCUAACGGCAAGUCAACAGAAGCAAUUCGAAAGUGUGGUGCUGUAUGUCUUCGACUUUCAACAGAUGAUCCCAAUCUCCUUCAUUCUUGGUUUCUACGUUCAAUUGGUGUUUUCUCGCUUUUGGCAACAAUUCAAUUCUGUGCCAUGGGUCUUCACUCCAACCCUGGCAGUGAUUGGGGCCAUUCAAGACUUCAUGUGGCUGCUAAGAAACGAUUUCCUACUACGCAACACCUCGUUCAAGCUGAGUGGACGCAAGAUCAAGUACUCAUCCAUGAACUUACCUAUUGUGCCUACAUGCAUUCAGUAA